AUGUACGGAAAAGAUGGCAAGAAUAUUAAGCUUAUUGUAGAUGCUUUAACUAAGCAAACUUCGCCGUCUCCUAAAGGCAGUCCAGCUGCAACGACUUCGCCAACCAAAGACGAAAUUAAAAAAUUCAUAUUCAAUUUCAUGUAUUUCGCUGAUCCACUGCUACAGUACACUGAAGGCCAUGUAAAAGAUUAUUCACAAGAUAAAAAUAAUCCUCUUCCCACUGAACAGUCCCUCCAAGUGAGAGGCAUCCAAAAUGCGUCUGACACUCUACUUAAAUAUCUUGGUAAAUUUAGCGAUGAUAAUAAGAAUCAACACAAGGACGCUAAAAAGCGUAUUUACAUUUUUGAUGACUUAUCCACUACACUUCUUAAACAACUCUCCGCUUCCAUCUCCGCCCUCUCCCCCUCCAACUUCCACGGCUUCCACAACCCGCUCCUCCUCGACGCCCUCAAGGCCGGCAUGGAAAAAUUCACCGAGCAACUCGGACACGCGUAUGUAAACGUUUACAGCGGUAAAACUCAUACUAAGGAGUGGGUGAAACAAGAGAGUAAACAAGUCGAUGGCAAAGCACAAUCCGUUACCGUCCUUUCCACCGAGGGCCGCAACUGCGCCAAGGUCUGCCUGACCAUACUGGAGAUACUGAGUGAAGACUUGUGGAAGUUGAGAAAUGGAAGCAAGAGUGAAAAAAAUAAAAACAAAAAAAUUAUCUUACACAAUGGCAAUGGUCUUGGCGCCUUUCUUGAGGGGUGCGGCUUCGAGGUAUCUAAGGAUGACAAGACUCAGGACGGGGAGUUGGACAGGAACAAGACGGGGCAGAGUAUAAUUGAUGUCAUGGUUAAAAAAAAACAGGAAUCACCGCAGAAUGUCCAUGCAAUUUACGAAGAUGCAGCAAAUAGAGAUGGCGCACUUAAAACGCUUAUCGGACACCUUGACAGCUACUACCGUGUCUCUCACCACAAGCAGAUCCCUGGCGCAAAAGCCCCUUCCAACAUAUAUCAGAUGCUCCAAUGGCUGCUCGGGUUAUACUUCAAUCCGAUGUAUAGCAAACUGGAAGGGUACUUUGGCAAGUUGUUUUCCGGCCUAAAAGAUGAAUAUAACUUGAGCAAUGAAACAUUAGAUGUCACCGUUCCAGACGAUAUUAAAAAGGUAAUGGCAUCACCUCUGGACGCCAGCAAAUUGAACAAAGUGCUCAAAGAAGUUUGUUUAUAUUCCGCAGACGCACUCAUCGCAAUACAAGGCCACGGCCAUCCUGAUGGCCGUUACGCCGUUGACUUUUAUACAAACACAGAUAAUUUGUUGUACCCUGGUAGAGACAGUGCAUGUUUUGAUAUGCUUGCAGACACAUUAUUUCGAGUCUAUAAUCAACUCCGUUUCUUAUAUAAGCAGUGUAACAACGGGCCUAACAGCGGCGGCUGGCAAGACUGCCAUUACGGCCGGUACAUUGGCGGGUCAUCAUGGAACUGCAACGAUUUCCAAUGCCCUGAGCAAUCAUGUCGGCAAAAGCACAACCAAUCGUGUAACCAACCAGCUGACCAAAAGGCCAACCAAACGGUCAGCCAACACUACAACUGCGGUAUAAAAUCGCCGCUUCAAUCCUUUUUAGAAGAUGGACUGCAGGGUUUCCUGCCACACCCACUUACUGAAGUUGGAUGUGGAGUUAAAUGCUCAGUUGGUAGUCACUUUGGUAAGCCAUGUCUCACUCCCAUGGGGUUCACUGACAUUAGCAAUGUAGCUUCACGCACGCAGAAAGGUGAAGAUCUGAAGAAACUUAUUGAGAAAUUCUGCGGUUCAAAGUCUGACCUCCGUCAGCUGUGUAGUAUGCUCAACUGCCUCCUCCGCCGCCCUCCUCAGACGCUGGGUGAUAUUAUCGCCUUCUAUAACAGUUUCCUAUACAAAUGGAGUAGCAGUGGUGCGCAUAAAAAAGACGCAUUCGAGAUAGCGGUGAAAAGCGCAAAUUUCGGAAAUCCGGAAACAACGCUGGAAAUUAGUACCAUAUUUGCCAGCAGUAGCCACGACACUCACGCUACUGGUAAGGAGAACAAACUAACUGGUGACAUGUUUAGCCUUGUUAGUUGUAAGCCAAGCGCGUAUCCAGUACACCCCUGUGGCCGAUACCUACAGCCACUGACAUCAGAUGUUCAUUGUAUGUUCUCCGAAAAACACGCCGACAAGUAUCUGUCAUGGGUAGUGUAUAUAACGGAAACAUUUUAUGACCUGCUUAAGAUUCUAUAUGAUGACUGUUGUAAACAAUGUGACACUAUUGGAACCAAAUGCCAUGAUAAGGGCUGUGUAGAUAAUUGCCAAGUACGAUUGGCAUAUGAAGCUGAAAACUCCGCUCUUCAAGCAUCGUCCACUCAACCCACAAAUACGGCACAUGAUUCAGACUGUCAUUCCAUUGUCAAAUGUCAAAAUACCCAUCCGACACUGUAUACAUAUGGUUUCACAUUUGGGAGUCCGCAUGAGUUGAGUGGUGUCCCGGAGGUGAAAAAUAGACGAACAUGUAAAGAUCUAUGUCACACAUUAAAGAGAGUAAUCAGCGAGAGAGAAGCUGACAAGGCUCCGCUCGCCGAAUUGAUUUUUAGAACAAUUCCCGAGUACCUGCUAAAAAUCAGAUGGCCGUUUAUGCUAACGUUGUUAGCCCUCUGGUCGCUGUCGCUCCUCUACCUGCUGCACAUCGCCGUCGUCCGCCUCGACGUCCUGAGGAUACGCUCCCACCUGAGAUCGCCCUCAAGCCACCGCAUCGCCGCGCAGUCGCUACUCGCAGCGGCACGCGUCAAGGCACUCGCCAACGUCAAGUACUUCUCACCGUAA